AGAACCCAGAAUACAAGACACAAUCACGGUCCCUCAACUGCAGCUAAAAUUGAGACAAGAAAUAAAGCUUUCUUUGCCUGUCAUUCCUGUGGUCAGAAAGGGCAUUUUACGGAGUGUCCUAAGCAACCUAUUAGUAAAAACUACAUGUGUUUUUCUUCCCAGUUUAGUGAGGUAGAGAGCGGAAGUGUCUUAGGUCAGCGUGAGGAGAUUACAGUAGGUUAAUCGAGGACAGACCCUGUGUAGCUCUCCUAGAUUCUGGAAGUAACCACAAUUUAAUCAGAUAGGACAGCCUCCCUAAGGAUGUAAUUUUCUGUGGAGGAACUGUUGAUGUGUUUUGUAUUCAUGGUGAAGAGUUGCCAUUUGCAAAUGAGGAAGCACCCAGCAUUCGGAACUAAAAAUGGCUCAAGGAAAGGAAAACCAAGAGACAGAGGCGACAGCACAGAGUACAGGGCACUAGGAUGAGGACAUAGCUGAGCCUACAGACUCUGAAGUUUUUCCCAUUCCUAGUGACAUUUUUAAACUACAGAAGGAAGACAUCACACUUAAGUCUUUGUUUUCUAAAUGUGUGCAGGAGUCAACACAAGUCACAGAAAGGGGAAAGGAAUGUUUGUGGUUAAGGGAGACGGACUGUAUCGCCGUAGUCAGAUUGGUGACCAGUUAGAUAUUCCCUCGAGUUUGAGGCCCACAAUCCUUAACCUUAGCCAUUCUAUCCCUUAGGCAGGACACUUGGGUCAGGCAAAAACAUUCUCAAGAAUGAUUCGCCAAUUUUAUUGGCCUCAGCAGUAUUCUGUUGCAGACACAGUAAAAUAUUGUUGGUCGUGUCCACAGUGUCAGCUCACAGGUCAUGGCAGGAAGGGAGAUAGUGCGCCACUCAUUACCACGUCAAUCAUUGAUACACCCUUUUCCCAUAUUGCCAUGGAAAUUGUAGGCCCACUAGAAAGGAGUAGUGAAGGUCACAAGUACUGGUAGUCUAUGACUAUGCCACCAGAUAUCCUGAAGCUUUUCCACUGAGGAAGAUCAAGGCCCGCCAUGUCGUCAACUGCUUUAUCCAGCUUUUCUCCAGAGUUGGAAUCCCAAAGGAAAUCAUCACAGAUCAAGGUAGAGGCUUAUUGGGAAUCAAAGGUGUGAAGACCAGUCCCUACCAGCCGCAAACGGAUGGCCUUGUUGAGCACUUUAAUAAGACCCUUAAGUUCAUGCUGAGGAGAUCUUGCAGACACGCGACUGCAAUACUGUGGAAGAACCCUCCUCCUCUUCAUUUAAACAAACGGGAGCUUCCUGAUUCAUUUCAAACUGACGCAGAGUCAUAGGAGAAGCCAUUAGCAGCGCUUUGUGGAGCUGGAAUAAAACUAUUCAUCACAAAACGGUAAAGGAGACAUGGCCUCAGAAGUUGUGGAGGUGGCUGCUCUGGGUCGACCUUUCACCUUAGGGAUGCUCUACAACGCCCAGAAAGAUGAACUCCUCCCAGGCAUCACGUUGUGGGAUGAUGAAACUCUGAAAGACAAGAUAAAAGACACUGCCCAACCAAGCUCAGAGUUUAAGAUCAGUUCAUCUGAUUCCACUGAUGAUAAGUCUUCUCUGCUGGAUGUCAGUGCUUCCCUGAAGGCCAGUUUUCUGAGUGGACUGAUUGAAGUUGGAGGAUCUGCCAAAUAUAUGAAUGAUAGGAAGAAACACAAGAAUCAGAGCAGAGUCACGUGUCAGUACAAAGUUACCACCAGAUUCAAACAGCUGUUGGUGACUCCUUCUGAAGCCAAAAACACCAAACAAAUAGACAAUGCUGUGAUAAAUUCAGCAACACAUAUGGUCACCGGCAUCCUUUACGGGGCCAAUGCUUUCUUUGUGUUUGACAGUGAGAAGUUAGAUGCUAGCAGCGUUCAGGACAUUCAGGGGAACAUGAAAGCUGUAAUAAAGAAGAUCCCCUCGUUAAACAUAGAAGGAGACGCUUCGUUGAAGCUGAAUGACCAAGAAAAAGCUUUGACUGACAAAUUUACCUGCAAAUUCUAUGGAGACUUCAUUCUUGAUACCAACCCUGCAACAUUCAAAGACGCUGUGAACACAUACAAACAACUUCCACAUCUACUAGGAGAGAAUAAAGAACAUGUUGUUCCACUAAAGGUUUGGAUGACACCACUGAAGAUCUUCCAUUCAGAAGCUGCUGAGGUGAUAUCUGAGAUCAGCAUUGGCCUUGUAAGAAAGGCUCACGAUGCUCUGGAAGAUCUGCACCACAUGAAGAUGAUCUGCAACGACCUUCUGGCAGAUGCAGUUGCUCGAUAUUUCCCACAGAUUCAUGAAAAGUUGAGCCGUUUCCAAACCCUGUGUGAUUACUAUGUAGCUGCUCUCCAAGACAUCAUGAAGAACAAACUCGCUGCCAUCAGGGCUGGUAAAGAAGAUGAGAAGGAGUUAGAAAAGUCUUUGAUGACCGAGAUAAGUCACCAUUCAGUCAUGAAAAUUAACAGAGUGGAUGAUUUUCUAAAAGAGAGAGAAGUCAUCGUCAUAGCCUCCUGUUUUAAGAAGAUGGAAGGAAUAAAGGUUGUUGCCAACCAGUCAGAGCUGGAGAGAGAGGUUCUUGAUCUAAAUGUAAAGUAUGUUCUUUGCUUUGUGUUCACCUCCCUGGAAACUACAGAUCCGUUCCUCCAGGAAAUGUCAGACAACCUGGAUCCACUGAAAGUACGAGAUAGCGGGGAUGACACUCCUACCCAGGACAAAUGGUUCUCCUCAGAUGGAGUGAUAACACAAAUGAGAGAAAAAGCCCAAAUCAUAAAUGAUCUUGCCAACGCUCAGAAGAACAGCAGCAAAUCUGGUUUCCUUGUGGCAGCAAGUUCAAAUGAGAAAUAUAAAGGAGCGAGCAUCUACCACUACGAAGGCAUGAUCCUGGUCACUGAUGAUUUCUCAGGUCCUGAUGUCAAAGAUGUGAAAAAUGUAACAGGCAGAGGAUAUUUGAUCUGGUACUCCUGUGAUCUCCACAUGGAUCCAGAAACAGCAAACCGCUACUUGACUCUGUCUGAAGGAAACAAGAAGGCAACACAUGGAGAAGAGCAGCUGUAUCCAGACCUCCCUCAGAGAUUUGAUCAUUUGGUUCAGGUUCUGUGCAGAGAGGCUUUGACUGGGCGCUGUUACUGGGAGGUAGAGAUGAGUACAGAUAAAGGUAGAGAUGCUGCUGUUGGUGUUUGCUAUGGAAAACUACAGAGGAAAGGAGGUGGCCGCUUGACUGGAAUUGGGUGGAAUGCCAUGUCCUGGAGUUUGGGCCACAAGAGGGAACCAGGCCCUGUUUUCUAUGCAGAGCAUGAUGGAGAGGUCAUAAAGUACCCUGCUCCCUCUGGCUUCAGACGCCUGGGUGUGUUUCUGGACUGGCCUGCAGGAACUCUGUCCUACUACAUAGUCUCAUAUAACACACUGAGUCACAUUCACACCUUCAACACCACAUUCACUGAGCCGGUUUAUGUAGCCAUGAAGCUGUGGACAAAAAACAGCCACAUAUCCUUGUGUCUGAAGACCAAAGACUCUCCUGUAUCCAGCUGUGUCCAAUGGAGACUGAGCGGUCUAAGGCUCCACCUGUUGACUCCAAACAUGGACAGCAGUCUGCUGAUCCAGGACUUCAGCAGCAGAUCUCAGUGGUUUCCAGUCAUCAGUUUUGAGCAGCAGCAUCACAAAGACCUGGACUCCAUAUUCAUGAUCUCCCACAUCAAGACAUCACGAAGCCUCCACAUCAUGUGUCACAUCCCAGUCUUCUGCUGGAUCACUGCUACAGUUCUGGAGGAUGUGUUGGAAACCAGAGAGGGAGGAGAGCUGCCCAAGACCCUGACUGAGAUGUACAUCCACUUCCUGGUGGUUCAGGCCAAAGUCAAGAAGGUCAAGUAUGAUGGAGGAGCUGAGGCGGAUCCACACUGGAGUCCAGAGAGCAGGAAGAUGAUUGAGUCUCUGGGAAAACUGGCUUUUGAUCAGCUGCUGAAAGGAAACCUGAUCUUCUAUGAAUCAGACCUGACAGAGUGUGGCAUCGAUAUCAGAGCAGCCUCAGUGUACUCAGGAGUGUUCACACAGAUCUUUAAAGAGGAGAGAGGCCUACAGGACAAGGUGUUCUGCUUCGUCCAUCUGAGCGUUCAGGAGUUUCUGGCUGCUCUUCAUGUCCAUCUGACCUUCAUCAACUCUGGAGUCAACCUGAUGGAAGAACAACAAACUACAUCUCUGUGGUCUAAAAUAUUUAAAAAACUAACACAUCUUCAUCAGAGUGCUGUGGACAAGGCCUUACAGAGUCCAAAUGGACACCUGGACUUGUUCCUUCGCUUCCUCCUGGGUCUUUCACUGCAGACCAAUCAGACUCUCCUACGAGGCCUGCUGACACAGACAGGAAGUAGAUCACAGACCAAUCAGAAAACAGUCCAGUACAUCAAGGAGAAGAUCAGUGAGAAUGUGUCUGCAGAGAGAAGCAUCAAUCUGUUCCACUGUCUGAAUGAGCUGAAUGAUGGUUCUCUAGUGGAGGAGAUCCAACAGUCCCUGAGAUCAGGACGUCUCUCCACGGAUAAACUAUCUCCUGCUCAGUGGUCAGCUCUGGGCUUCAUCUUACUGUCAUCAGGAGAAGAUCUGGAUGAGAUUGACCUGAAGAAAUACUCUGCUUCAGAGGAGGCUCUUCUGAGGCUGCUGCCAGUGGUCAAAGCCUCCAACAAAGCUCUACUGAGCAGCUGUAAGCUCUCGGAGAGAAGCUGUGAAGCUCUGUCCUCAGUUCUCAGCUCCCAGUCCUCCAGUCUGAGAGAGCUGGACCUGAGUAACAACAACCUGCAGGAUUCAGGAGUGAAGUUGCUGUCUGCUGGACUGGAAAGUCCUCACUGUAAACUGGAAACUCUCAGUCUGUCAGGUUGUCUGAUCACAGAGGAAGGAUGUUCUUCUCUGUCCUCAGCUCUGAGCUCCAACCCCUCCCAUCUGAGAGAGCUGGACCUGAGCUACAACCAUCCAGGAGACAAGGGAGUGAAGCUGCUGUCUGCUGGACUGGAGGAUCCACUCUGGAGACUGGACACUCUCAGGCUGAGCAGCUGUAACCUCUCAGAGAGAAGCUGUGAAGCUCUGUCCUCAGUUCUCAGCGCCCAGUCCUCCAGUCUGAGAGAGCUGGACCUGAGUAACAACAACCUGCAGGAUUCAGGAGUGAAGCUGCUGUCUGCUGGACUGGAGAGUCCUCACUGUAAACUGGAAACUCUCAGUCUGUCAGGUUGUCUGAUCACAGAGGAAGGAUGUUCUUCUCUGGCCUCAGCUCUGAGCUCCAACCCCUCCCAUCUGAGAGAGCUGGACCUGAGCUACAACCAUCCAGGAGACAAGGGAGUGAAGCUGCUGUCUGCUGGACUGGAGGAUCCACUCUGGAGACUGGACACUCUCAGGAUGGACCAUGGUGGAGAGCAGUGGUUAAAACCUGAUGUGAGGAAGUAUUUCUGUCAGCUUGAAGUCGACACAAUCUCAGUCAGUAGAAAACUCAAACUGUCUGACAACAACAGGAAGGUGACAUGUGUGGAGGAGGAGCAGCCAUAUCCUGAUCAUCUAGACAGAUUUAACUACUGGCCUCAGCUGCUGUGUAGAAAUGUUGUGACUGGUCGAUGUUACUGGGAGGUUGAGUGGAGAGGAAAUGUUGAUAUAUCAGUGAGUUACAGAGGAAUCAGUAGGAGAGGAGACAUGAAUGACUGUGUGUUUGGAUGGAAUGAUCAGUCCUGGAGUCUGAGCUGCUCGGAUAGUGGUGGUUACCAUGUCUGGCACAAUAACAGAGAAGCAUCCGUCCCCUCGUCCUCUGUCUCUCACAGAGUCUCAGUGUAUGUGGACUGUCCUGCUGGAACUCUGUCCUUCUACAGAGUCUCCUCUAACAAACUGAUCCACCUCCACACCUUCAACACCACAUUCACUCAACCUCUCUCUCCUGGAUUUGCAGUGGGGCCUGGUUCCUCAGUGUCUCUGUGUUCUCUGUAGGAAGGAAGGAGAGUCUUUAAAGUGACAGCAGCUUCAACUCUGGUUUAAAUGUUGAUGGUGGAUUCUCUGUGGUUCACAGAUGAAUCACUGACUGUGGUUUCAUGUCAGAAUAUGUUUUAUCUUAGAAGUAGUGAAAUAAUCUCCUAACAUGUGGAUUUUGAUGCUAACGUCUAUCUGGAUAAUCCUGGACUGAUGGAAGUGAAUAUUAUUUGUUAAGCUGUGUUUUACUGUGUGCUGUGUCUCCUGUGUCUGAAUGGACAUGAGACAUUAAUGAACUCUGGUCUCUACUCCACCUUUAUAUCAAUCAAUGUUCAUCAUCGUUAUUAAUCAACCUUUGGUUUUUAAUCAUUAAUCUUAAU